AUGCAGGAGGUGCAACAGCAACAGCACCAGCAACAGCAGCGACAGCAACGACCGCUAGGCGUAACAGGACUGGGAGGUCUUGCGCAAGGAGUAGAAGCAGCAGAGUCGACGACCCUCAACAACGGCGGCGAGCGUCCUGUUCGGGAGUUCAACUACAACGGACGAGUCCGCAACAGUGAACGAGCCAGCGUCCGAGCAAGCUCUGGCGUCCUUGGUCGACAACACCCUCACCGUAGCUCCUUUUCCAUCUAUUCCAACUAUUCGUCCUAUUCUUCCUCAUCAGACGGAGGAGGAGGAGGCGGGGGCGGGGGAGGAGGGGCCCGAGGCUCGGUUCCAACUGGCGCCGGAGCUGGAGGGGCAGCACCACCAUUGCACCCACCGCCGCUACCACGUCAACCGACGCCGACCCCAUACACGGCGCAACAGCCGCGGCGUAUCCCCAUGAUGGAGAUGGUUACGCCGCAGGCGCCGGGGACGGCGGGCACCGCUGGCACCGCUAACACGGCCGGGACGGACGCCACCGCCGUCGCCGGGACCGAGGAGUCGGUGAAGCGGCAGCCCUCGCAGCAGCAAGUGCGGCACCCGCCACCGACGUACGCCCCGUCGCAGGAUCCGUAUAGUCGUGUGAGGUUCGCGGACGAGGAGCGGAGGCGGGAGGAGGCGGCGGCGGCGAGGGCUAGGGCGGGCCAUCCUUCUGGGCAAAUCGAUAUGGCGCAGAUCGCGGGCGGGCAUAGCAUGCGUGCCCUCUGGGUGUUUGCGUGUUGUGCCUUCUUCUGGUACCGGUGUUUGAUGGACGAGGACUUUUGA